AAAAAUAUAUUAACAGAAUUGUAAAUAUUUAUAUUCAUACUUAAAACUAAUUCCAUUUUAGGGUCUGCCGUGCAGCGUAAGCGGUUUGCUGUAUCGCAGCCCUACGAAAGGCGUACAGCGAUCCCAGAUUCCCCCAGCGCAACGGUAUCCAACCAUGCUACUGCGGUUGCAAGUGAACCAGUUUCUCUGGCUUCUUUGCAAAAGGAGCUGAGAGAAAUGCGGAGCGAAAUCCGUGAAUCACUGGGGGAAAUAAAGACCACCUUACGGGACCUAGAGGGUAAGGUGGAAAGAAGUUUCAAGGACUUCGAAAAGAAGAUGCCAGAAAGAGCGGAAAGUCAGGUCCAGGGGCAGCUGAUGAGGGAAGUGAAAGUGGUGAUGACAAGAGUUCACCAGAGUAUUGCGCGCAUCACGGGAGAUGCUCUGAGUCCUGAGUAUAUCAAGAUUCAGAGUAUGCUCCCAAUAACAUCGCAGGAUGCGAUUAAUACUCUGGAGGAGCUCUUAAAUACCAAGUCAUACGCCGAAGCAAUGCUAAAUAUUUUGCUGAAGCUGAGGGGUGCUAAAGGAUGCAUCAAAGGGGUGAUGAAGCGCGUUUACUCCGACGAGUUGCUGUUCCAUUACAACUUUGAGGGGAAAGCCAACAAAUCGGCGCUUUUGGGCCUCAAAAGUCUGGAGCUCAUUUUCGAUACAUUUAAUAGCACCCCGAAAAGCGAAGUCUUUGCUGAAAUUCGCAAAGCGGUUUUAAUGAGCCACAACCGACAUAAACAAGUAGUUAGAAAACAAAAACAAAAAAUUAAUAUUCAAAAUAACUAAUAACUAAAACUAAAAUAUUUCUAAACCUAAUUUUAUAAUGUCAAAUUACUUAAAUUCAUGUUCACUUUCACAAAACCAAAUUUAAGAAUGUAAAUAUUAUACUAAUUUAUGUACAUAAAAACUAAACCGUAAACUUUUCUAAUAACUAAACUAAUUAAUGUAUAUAAAUAACCAAAACUAAAA